AUGCGUAAAAAACUAUUCGAGGAUGGUAGAAUUCACGGCAUUAUUUCAGCGGGCGGCAGCGGAGGUACUGCCCUCGCUUCUGCCGUCAUGAGGGAGGCGCUGCCAAUCGGCUUUCCGAAGCUCAUUGUUAGUACCGUUGCCAGCGGAGACACCGGCCCUAUCGUUGGAGAGACGGACAUCACAAUGAUGUACUCCGUCGUAGACAUUGCUGGACUGAACAGCGUGCUGCGUAACGUGCUGGCAAAUGCAGCCGGGGCGAUCGUCGGAAUGGCCAGGGCGUAUCAGGCUUAUCUGAAGAACUUCUCGGAAGAAGGUGCUGCGGAAAAGAAGAGGAGGGUGGGAGUAACGAUGUUCGGCGUGACGACUCCCUGCGUUGACGUGAUACGGAAGCAUCUAGAGAGAGUCUACGACAUCGAAGUCUAUGUCUUCCACGCCACGGGCCAUGGCGGGCGCGCAAUGGAGCGGCUCAUCAACGAGGGGCAGCUAGACGCCAUCCUCGACAUCACGACAACUGAGAUCUGCGACUUCCUUUUGGACGGCAACAUGUCCGCUGGACCAAACAGGCUCGAAGCAGCAGCCAGCGCUGGCAUACCCAACAUCCUGAGCGUCGGCGCGUGUGACAUGGCGAACUAUGGGGCUAGGAACACUGUUCCAGAAAGAUUUAAGGAUCGAAGAUUGUAUGAGCAUAAUCCAAUGGUGACUCUGAUGCGGACAAACAAAGACGAGUGCGCAAAAAUAGGAGAGUUCAUGGUUGAGAAGCUAAGGAGGUAUGCGGAGAGGAAGGAAAUGGUGCAGGUGUGGUUGCCCACGGGCGGUGUGAGCAUGAUUGCGACGCCUGGCGGGCCGUUUGAGGACAGAGAGGCUGAUCGGGCGUUGUUUGAGAUGAUUGAGGAGGGAUUGAAGGAUAGCGCGAUUAGAGUCGUGAGAGAUGAGAGGGCGAUCAAUGAUGAGGGCUUCGCGAGGGAUAUUGCUGAGGAGCUUGUGCGGCUGAUGGACCUGAAAAAGGGGGGAGGGCGAUGA